GUACUAAUUACCAUUUCUUUCUCCCUCCGUUUUGCAGGAUGUCUGGGAGGAGGCCGAGCGGUAUCCGCUGUACUGCCACCUCGGCGACAAGUCGAUGUACUUCUUCAGUACGAUUUCGAGCGCCAACAACAACAGCUACGAGCUAAAUGAUGAGACCAAACGACUGAUCGACAUCCAGCCAGUAUUCUGCAUGUUCCGCUUCGUGGAGAAGCAGGUGUCCGUCAACAACAAGCUGAUCAACAACAUCACCAAUCUGCUGGGCAAGACCCUGUCGGAGAAAACGCUCAAGAACCCCGAGGUGAACGACUUUCGCACCAAGAUGAGCUACCUGUGCGAGGACAUCGCCAACAAGCGGGCCACCAUGAACCGGAUGCAGCGGAUAGCCUACCAGUAUCCGCCGAAGCUGGUCAGCUGCGAGCACAUACCGGAGGUGGUGAAGAAAAGGAUGAUCAACGGGGGAGAUUUUUGUGUGGUGGCCAAGUGUUCGGAUAUUGCGGUUACGGUGAAGAUACCGUGCACGGCAACGCCGAGCGAAGUUAUAAAGCGCAUUUUAGAUAAGAAGCCAAUGUUGGCCAACACCCGGAAUGAGAACAGCUCGGAGUUCAUCCUGAAGGUGUGUGGGCGGGAAGAGUAUUUGUUCGGGGAUCACCCGAUCAUCAACUUCCAGUACGUGCAGGACUCGUUGUCUCGGGAGGAGACGCCCACGUUUGUUCCUAAAUUGCUGCGCAAUGUGGACAUCUUCGAAGAUAAUAUUUACGAAAUUCCGGAAGAUAUUACCCAGAGGACAAACAGCACCGGAAGCAGGCAACCGGCGCAUACUCUGCGGAAGGUCAAGUACGUUCCCAGCUGGGACACGGAAGGUCCUUUUCAGUGCAAGGUGAAGGAGAUCAACGCCCUGAACUGUGACGCGAAUCGGAAUGUGGAGGUCGGCAUCACGCUCGGGCUGUUCCAUGGAGGGAAAUCUCUUUGCAAACCGAUGAAAACGGAACUGGUGGCGCUGAACGGGGGGCGAGCGGUUUGGAAUGAAACGAUAGUGUUCGAUAUAGAUUUAAAGAAUGUUCCUAGGAUGGCGCGGUUAUGUCUGGUCAUUUAUGAAUUGGUCAGGACGGCGAAGGGUUCCGGAGUGAGAGCUCGGCGCACCAAGGACGGUUUUAUGAAUCCCAUCGCCUGGGUGAAUACCAUGCUGUACGAUUACAAGAGCCAGCUGCGGUCCGGUCCGGUAACAUUGUACACGUGGACCUACGCGGAAGAUCUGCAAUCGGAGGAUGUGCUGCAUCCGCUGGGAACGGUGGAGCCGAAUCCGCGACGGGAUGAAUGUUCCUCGAUAAUUUUAAGUUUUCACAGCUACUACAAUGAGCACAAGAUCGUGGUGUACCCGUCGGAGGAACAGCUGCUGGAUCACGCGAGCAAGAUGCGGAGGAUAAACAGGCAUUUGAACCGGGACAGUGCCGAAGAGGUGCGACCCAUCAAGGAGAUACUGAUGCCGUACAUGCACAACGAUAAACUGAGCGAUAUGCACGAGCAGGAUCGUAAUGCGAUUUGGGCAAAACGGAGAGAAUGCAUGAUGCUGGAACCGGAUGGGCUACCGUGCUUGCUGUACUGCGUGGAGUGGAACGAUCGGAAUGAG